AUGCCGCAAGAUGUCUCAAUACUGUUCGGCCCGCUCUUUCUAUGUUCUGUGUUCGAUUGCAUGUGUGGAAUGGCUCUCAUCCUUCGAUUCCGACACGCAGCGACCAGUCAGCUGAAAAUGACCUGCAGCGGGCUCAGCACACUUUUUAGCUAUCUUAUACUUGAUGAGCCUGAGUACUCUCAGAUGAUAUGGUACCUGUGCCUAGCACACCUCACCGUCAGUACUUUGAGACAGUCUCUUACCACCAACGGCAACAUAGGACAGCUAUCCAUUCCUCGUAUCCUACCAUAUGCUGUCGCAAGCAGCCAGCUUUUAACCUACGUCGAAUUCGGACAAACGGAUUGUCGGGUCGACCGACACCACCAUUGCCGCGCGCGCGAAGCGAGAAAGGCACAGCCGUAG